AUGACGCCGGAUACCCUCGAACUCCACGGCAAAGUUGCCAUCAUCACUGGCUCGGGAAAAGAGACCGGGAUUGGUGCCCGUAUUGCAACUACACUCGCUCGCAAUGGGGCCCUUGUGGUCAUCAAUCACGUCUCUGAUACUACUGCACCACGAGCAGUCGGUGUAGUCAAGGCAAUUCGUGACAUGGGUGGCAAGGCAAUUGUCGUCCAAGCAGAUGUAUCAACGGCAGAAGGCGCAAAGAGCCUCGUUGACGAGACACGUGCAUCUUUAAACGUCGAUAAUAUCGAUAUUAUUGUCAACAACGCAGCCGGAGGCGCACCCCACGGAGCCCUCCAAGCAACUCGUGAUUCUCUCGACGCCAUCUUCUCCUCCACAGUUUACGCGCCAAUUUUUCUGCUGCAAGCUGCCGUCCCUUAUAUGCCACGUGGAGGUCGUGUGAUCAAUAUCGGAUCAAUUGCAUCGAAGCUGGGCAUGGCGCCCACUGCCAUAUACGGUGCUGCAAAGGCUGCCCAAGAUGCUCUGACAUACUCGUUGGCCAUGGAGCUUGGCCGUGGUCAUGGGAUUACCGUCAACACUGUGUCACCUGGCCCGGUUGGAACGGACGCCUUGCCAAAAGAGGUUGCUGAUAAGAUUCACGGUAUGCUUGUGCCGAUGACGAGAGCGGAGGAGAGAGUUGGGACGACGGAUGAUAUUGCCGAUGCGGUGCUACUUCUUGUUUCCGAGAAGAGCAGGUGGAUUACGGGGCAGAUCAUCUCUGUCAGUGGUGGUAUCACCGGUGGUUGA